CUCUUGAGCCACUCCUGUCGGGGCUGGGUAUCGUUGAAUGCCGCUGUUCUCUUAGUUUUGUGUCACCCUUGUCAGGCUGAUGUGAUUCGGUACCAGUCCCUGCUUUGUUUGUGCGCCUUUCCCGGCCAGCCGACCUGAGUCCACGGCGUCGGCGCAGUUGCGCGGCUCGAAAACAGUCUCUCAAUAGCAAACAGCACCUUGUCGACUUGACAAGUGGGAUGUUAAGAGAUGUGUCGGCGUGGGUGGCUGGCAAAAACAAGCGCGGGUUGUUGGUGCCGUUGUUUCCAAAGCUGACCAACAACUCUGCCUAAAAGGACCAAAGAAAGAAAGUCUAACGGCAGGUAAAUGUUUGGAUGUAUCCGAUGUCUCGAGAGUGUGUGAUGCUCCAAGUUCAGUUGAGUUCCAGGGUACAAGACAGUGUUUGUUGUCACACCUUCCCAGGUUUCGACUUGAGGUACUCGGCCGGCAUGAUGGAUGCUGGAUAUGUCAAGCGGCAGGCAUGUCGAAGUCAAAGUCUCUAAACAAAGCGGCCGCUGAGACAAAGGGAAGCACACUCCUAAAGGGAGGGCAACAACGGUGGAACUCACAUGACUUCGCGAGCGCUUUGAAGAUGGAGACGCCCCAGUGGAACGGGACCCCUUUGGAAAGUCGUGUUCCGGGUCGACGUGUUGGCCAACUGCUCGCUAUCCAUUCACCAUAUGCUGCAAUGUCCAACCAACCUCCCGCGCAAUUCCACUCUGUUUUGGACUCUCCAGUGGCUAUCUAUCACUCGACUAACACAUACGAUUUGCGCAUCCCGACAACGCCACAACCACCUGCUGGAUCGCUCUCAUAAUCGACCGAUGUUGUGACAGCCCGGAAGACGCCAUACAGAUACAGCCAACAACCACGAAGCAAACAGGCUGUGCCAUGGCUCCUCCUAUACAUCCUAAACAGCCGCCACCGGCAGAGCCAAUCCAUGCUGGCCGCGCGUUCGACCCGUGGAAUUCGGUAGCGGCCGGCCAUCAACGAGCCGAAACUCGGGUGCCAUCCGGGUGGCGUGAGUCUCGUGCCAGGAAACUGCAAAGUCAGUUCCGCGCCAGCUCUUCCGGUGGCGACCGAAUUUCGGACUCUGUUGGAGCUGGCGCCGAAGACUUCGACGAAAAGCGUGGCGUCUUGACCCCGAAGGAGGUACGAGCUCGCGCACUGAACAGCGUUGCCGAUAUGCUACGUAAUCCUGGAACCAUGGCGACCAUGUCACAGACAACUUCGCAGUCACGGGCUCGUUUACCAGAAAAGGGAGCGUCACAGAAUGGGAGUCAACCGGUUGAAGAGGAGGAAACUUGGGAAUCGGGUCCCACGCAACACGGGCAGAGGAAAGAGGAGGAGGGAGGAGGCUCAAGCAAUAUCAGAAAAAUCUUUGAUGGGUUGAACAUCUACGUCAAUGGUAGCACCCAUCCCCUGAUCUCUGAUCAUAAAUUGAAGCAAAUCCUCGCCGAGAACGGCGCUCGUAUGUCCAUUCAUCUCGGCCGCCGCCAGGUCACUCACGUCAUCCUAGGCAAACCGACUGGCCGAAAUACCGGCGCCGGUGGUGGACUCGCCGGCGGGAAAUUGGAGAAAGAGAUCCGCAGAGUCGGCGGUUGUGGCAUCAAGUAUGUCGGUGUCGAAUGGGUUCUGGAAAGUAUCAAGGCAGGCAAGCGGCUGCCCGAGGCAAGGUUUGCUAACCUCAAGAUCGCGGCAAAGAGGCAGCAAAGCGUUCUUUCCGCCUUCUCGACGAACAAACCGCCAGCAUGGUGGACCCUCCAGGGCGCAUUCCGACGAUGAGGGAUGAUAACGACGGACGAAUAGGCGCCGUGAGGACAGAUACGGCGGCCUGCGUGUCGUGUUGUUAGGGCGGCCGCUGCCUCCACUAUAUUGGUCCUUUUUCCUCUUGUCCUGUCCAAGGUCCCGAUUUUACUUUGCUUGUCCUCCUCACGCCUCGCUUACGUUAGCUGGGUGAAUCAAAGUGACCUUGGAUGGGAAGAGAAGCGAUGUGUGCAGAACGCUAUGGCAUGCUUACCCUUCCCUAGCACGAUGACACGCAUAACAGAACACAAUUCAGCAAAGCAAAGCAGGAGAAGCAUAUACCUGGCACGAUGAUUCAGUACACAGUACCACUAUCAACGAUGGAGAUACAGCAGAGAGAACAACACGACACGACGCUUGCUAGGAUAGUCAGCGUCAUGCCGUACGUACGGCAUUUGGAGAAAGUAGAAUAUAGGCCAGACGAGACACGGUUCGCCACGACAACGAGGCCACCGGGUGUUCGAAAGCAGGCGAUCGUGUCCCACUCGUAUCCCCUCAAGCUCAGGUAUGAUUGGACAAUGGGUGCGUACGAGGUUCCAGUCGAACGUGGAAAGGGGGGCGGCAUCGGCGGCGCGCCGUACGAAAGGUGCCCCCCCCCCCCCCCCCCCCACCCCCGGGUUUCUGUCGUCCCGGGCCAGUCAGCAUACACAGAAGCAACGGGCAGAUAGGAAGGACAAGGGGAAUGAAAUGGAUGAGUGGUGGUGAUAGUCCUGAAUGGGCCUUUGCGGGGCUGUUGUUGGUCAAUCGAUUUCUUCUAGGAAGGUUGUUUGCUCCAACGAAAAACUAAAAGCUGCACGAUAUAUUAACCUGCAGCACGUACGUGGUCGACCCGUCUACCCUGCGUGGCUAGUUGGUACGAUUCUCGGUUGUUGUCAAGGGCAAGGGGGUGCAAUUUAUUUGUUUUUGAGGAAAUCAGGAGUUCUGGAUGGACGAGACCAGCCGAAGCUGACUAGGAUUGUGAACAUUGCUACAAUAUGUGCACAAUAACAAUUUGUU